GGAGGAGCGAGAGUGCCCGCUUCCAUUGCUCUUCCACUUCAGGUGCUCUGCUACAGCCGCAUGCCUCUCUCCUCUCCCUCUCUCUCUCUCAAUUGAGGAAUCCGAGGAAACUAUUAGGGCAAGAAGUGCGUUUCCUUUUCCUCUGCCUUACACAUCUCUCCCUCGCGCGCGCGAUGGCUGCUUCUGCUUCCGCCGCUUCAGUGAACUUCGUCGGCAUCUCCGCCAAAAUGUCGCCAUCGAGUGCCGGAAUCCUGUCAUUGCGGGAUGGAGCGGGCUCUUCUGCCGGAAGGGGUGGCCCCGUCGGGUGGGGAGGAAAGCGAGGGCCAAAAAUCAGAUUCCCGGGAGCGAGCACCUUCGCCAUGCUGCGGCCGAGCAAUCAAGAAUCGAGGGACACAGCCCAAAACAGGGCUUCGCUUGUUCGGUGGCCGCAGCAGAGGACAGAACCCGGCACGGCCCUUAAUAGUGAUGGAGAUGGAGAAGGCAAGCAGCAAAAGGAAUCGGAUAUCCAGCGGCAGAUAGAGAUAGUAAGGCUGAUACUCAGGUCGAUGGGGGACGGCGAGAUAAACGCGUCGGCAUACGACACGGCGUGGGUGGCGUUGGUGGCGGAGGAGGACGGGGAAGGGCGGCAACGGCGGCCGAGAUUCCCAAGCUGCUUGGAGUGGAUAGCGCAGAACCAGCUGCCGGACGGAUCGUGGGGGGACGGCCUCAUAUUCUCCGCCCACGACAGGGUGAUCAACACGUUGGCAUGCGUGAUUGCCUUGAAGACGUGGAACCACUCUCCCCGCAUAUGGAAACAAGGGCUUUCUUUUCUUAGAAACAACAUGUGCAAACUUGGAGAAGAAAAUCUGGAGCACAUGCCCAUUGGAUUCGAGGUAGCCUUCCCUUCUCUCCUGGAGAUCGCUAAGGCCAUGGACGUUGACCUCCCUUAUGAUUCCUCCGUUUUAUGCAAGAUAUACGAGCAACGACAGCUCAAACUACAAAGGAUACCGAAGGAGGUGCUGCACAAGUACCCGUCCACACUGCUGCACAGUUUGGAGGGAAUGCCAGAUUUGGAUUGGGAGAAGCUUAUGAAGCUCCAAUGCAAAGAUGGAUCCUUCUUGUUUUCUCCAUCUUCCACCGCCUUCGCCCUCAUGCAAACCAAGGAUGAAGGGUGCUCCAGAUAUCUAAGCGGAAUUGUCCGAAGGUUCAGCGGUGGAGUUCCCAACGUUUAUCCCGUGGAUUUGUUCGAGCAUCUUUGGGUGGUCGACCGCCUUGAACGUCUCGGCAUUUCUCGCUACUUCGAGCCGGAGAUAAAGGAUUGUCUUGAUUAUGUGUACAGGUAUUGGACGGAGAGUGGGAUAUGCUGGGCACGGAACUCUGAGGUGCAUGAUGUGGACGACACCUCCAUGGGAUUUAGGCUCCUCAGGAUGCAUGGCUAUGAAGUCUCCGCAGCAGAUGUAUUUAAGCAUUUUGAGAAAGGUGGGGAGUUUUUUUGCUUUUCCGGCCAAUCAAACCAAGCAAUCACUGGGAUCUACAACCUCAAUAGGGCAUCCCAACUGAUGUUUCCUGGUGAGAAGAUUCUAGAAGAUGCAAAGGUGUUCUCCUACAAAUUUCUUCGCCAAAAGCAGGCAAAUAAUCAAUUGCUUGAUAAAUGGAUAAUCACAAAAGACUUGCCAGGAGAGGUGGAAUAUGCACUGGAUUUCCCAAUGUAUGCUAAUCUUGCUCGUGUAGAAACUAGACUUUACUUGGAUCAGUAUGGUGGUGAAAAGGACGUAUGGAUUGGAAAGACACUCUACAGGAUGAUGUAUGUGAACAAUGAGACCUAUUUGGAUCUUGCUAGAUCAGAUUUCAAUCAUGUCCAGUCCGUACAUAAAUCAGAGGUCCGCGACGUACUGAGGUGGUACAAGGACUGCAAAUUCGGUGAAUAUGGUGUAAGCAAAAGAAUAUUAUUGCAGAGCUAUUUCUUGGCAGCUUCAGUCAUCUUUGAGCCUGAACGAGCACCACAACGACUUGCAUGGGCAAAGACUAUGGUACUGAUGGAAGCAGUGUACAGGUAUCUCUACAAAGAUGGAGGUAGUGGGAACCGAAUAUCUGACUUCUUGGAUGAAUUGCAAAGGAGAGAUGGAAGGUGGAGCAGGAGAGGCUUGGCUGGUAUUUUGCUUGAGACACUUAAGAUCCUCUCUCUGGAAGCCUUGGUUGCUUAUGGCCGAGACAUCAGCCAACCCUUACACCGCGCAUGGCUGGAUUGGAUGAACUCAUGGCGAGGGGUGGAAGAAGGAGGCGGUAAUGGCAGCAUUGCAGAGAGCAAUGAGGGGGAGCUGUUGGCAACAACCGUCAACCUGUGUUCGGGCCGCUACCCUCAGCAUCACCCGGACCAUAAACGUCUCACCCACCUCACCAAUAGCGUUUGCCGCCAGCUUCGUCGUAUCUCCAACCUCAAGGUGCCAAAAAGCGAUGAAGCAAGAGAAAACCAGCCAGUGAUCAGCACUCAAAUAGAGUCUGAGAUGAUGGAACUCGUCCAAUCUGUUCUCAAGAACUCUAAAGGAUUGGACAAUCGCACCAGUCAGACUUUCUUGGAUGUAUCAAAGACCUUUUAUUAUGUUGCUUUCUGCCCCCCAGAGACCAUGAAACAACACAUGAUGAAGGUGCUCUUUGAAAGAGUCGCAUGACCGUUGCGUUAUUUAACUGGUCACUAGUGUACAGUCACUUCCACAUUAAGAUUAGAUGUUUUAUCGGACAGUAAGUCUAAAGCCACAGAG